AUCGUCCCCCCUCCUAGCAUAUCCUUAACGCUAUCCGCCACCCAUCGCCGACGCUGCAAUCCAUUGCGCAUCGGCAUUCCGCUCUUUUCUCUCCUUCACGCUCGUUAUCUAAUUGCUUUUCAGCGUCACUCUCCCUUUCGACCUUGUAUCUUUUGCCGAGGUCUUUUCUAGUCGAGAAAAUCAACAACAAUUUUGCUAGCCCUUUGCCAGAACACAUACGACAAUAUGCACGACUUUCAGAGACGCGUGCACCAUCAGGUUUUCAACCGUCAGGCCGCGGAUGACCCGGAUGCUGUCGGACCAGCGAAGAGGCCGCCAAAGCAGACCGACACCGCUACGAAAGCACCUCCAGUCACAAAACCAACUACAGCUGCGCCCGCCACCUCUGCUGCACCAACCGCGAAGACGCCACCAGCGGCUACACCCGUUACCACUCCCACUGUGCCGACGCCGAUAAUCGAUAUCUCGUCAGUUGUUGGCGUUACAAGCGUGCUCCCGAAGGUGCCAACUUUGACUACCUCCUCGAGUACGACUACGACAAGCUCAUCGACCUCGUCAUCUUCGUCGACGAAACCGGCUACGACAUCCACUCCUGCGCGUAAUCUAGUUACCGAAACUGCUACUCUUACUUCUAGUGGAACUGCAGCAAGCAGCACUUCGUCUGACAAGCCGACAACCAGUGGAGGUCUGAGCGGUGCUGCAACAGGUGGUAUCAUUGCCGGUUGUGUCCUCGCUGGUCUUGCACUGCUUAUUUUCGUGGUGCGCAAGACGUUUAUUCGACGACGCCAGCGCAAGCGCAACACGUGGGGUGCGGGCAUUUAUCCGGACAUUAACGAGAAGUUUUCCGAUGGAGCUUCUAUCAGAGAUGUGCCGCCGCCCAUACCAGAGAAGCUCACGACUUCUCCAACGUACCUGCAGCCUCGUACUCCGGUGUGGGCACCGCCGCGCCCCGUCUCACCUAGUGCUCCAAGCCCAGGCCCAUAUUAUGUCCAGCCACCUCAGGCGAGCUACAAUAAUCCGAUGAUGGAAGCCGCUCCGUCAGUUGCACCUGUCGCCGCCGCCGCCGGGAUGGCUGGUGCUGGUGCUGGUGCUGGUGCUGUAAGCUCAUUUGGCGGACAUACUACCUCUGGAGAGACGGCGAUAGUGCGCGUAUUGUACAUCCCAACACUUCCAGACGAACUGUCAGUUACCACGGGUGAAGUCAUUCAGAUUGUCAAAGCCUAUGAUGACGGCUGGGCGCUUUGUGCGAACGCGAGGGGCGAGCAGGGUGUUGUACCUCUUGAAUGCUUGGACCGAAGCUCGCAGGGUCAAGGAGAUAGGCUUUCCGUCGGGUACGGACAGCAAGGCAACGGCAAUGACUGGCGCAACAUGAAACGGAUCAGUAGCUUGUCCACUGAACAACCCCGUUAUUAAGCGCCCAAUCUCAUUUGCUGCAAUAUUUAUCGCUUUUAUACCCUUCUUGGAACCCGAUUUGGCUGCUUUUUGCGAGGUUGCUUUCCUUUUGCCUUUUGAAGAGAAGAGUAUUCGGGAGAGCGUUACGUGUUUGCGAAUUUCUUCUACGUUCUUCUGCAUGUGUGGACAUAUAUUUUUGCAAUUUAUCCUUAUGCCUCAUACCCGCUUGCUCAUGCCGUGCUUCGUGCCUUUACUAUUCCUUUUGCUUUUUCCUCGCUGAGCAGCAGUUUGAUUGGUUGCUUUUGUAUCGAUUUUAUUAGUGGUUCGAGUAACGUAGCCAUCAGUUGCAUUUGCACGAAAUCAGAUGUAGUUGCGAAGUGCGAAUAUUUGACUUUGAUUUGAUGA